AUGACUAAUCCUAAAUGUUUGGACUGUCACAGACAAGUUCGACCUAGACAGCACGCUCUUUGCUGUGAAAACUGCGAGAGAUGGCAGCAUCGUUUGUGCAGCACGAACGUAUCCCUGCAAGAGUAUUGGUCUAUUUUUGGUGGAGAGGCGGGAAUAGCCUGGUACUGUAACGACUGCAAGGAUGAAAAUAGGGGAGCAGAUGAGCUUCAGGGAUCUAACCCAUACGAUGUCUCCACCGACGAGGACGAGCCUAUGGAAGAAGAAUCUUUUCAGACGGGACAAAUCAGAGACAAUACAUUUGACGACAGUUUUAGAAGUGUGCCAGUACUGGAGAGCACGAGAGAAGCGGAAGGAAGCAGAAAUGAUCAGCUCAUGGUUUCUUUCAACAUUAGUUGCCGUGCUGUUGUUGAAUCUUCUCAAGUUCUUGAACAGUCUUUAGAGGAUGACAAUCCCAUGGAUGACACAGUGCUGGAGGAUGUCCCAGUAACGUUUAAGCUCUUGGAGAAAGGAAGUAGUCGUGGCGGACGUCUCUUAGUAUCCAGCGAUGGCUAUUCGUAUAGUGUCAAACAUGAGGGCCAAAAGACAACUACUUGGACUUUCAGCAUGAGGUCAAAGAAGAUCAAAUGCUAUGCCAGUGUGUCACAGCAAGGAGAAUUAUUUGUAAGGGGAAGCAGCAAACAUCUUCAUCCUGGUAAUUUAAAGCUCCCACAUCUGAAGGAAAUUUCAGCCAAGGUGAAACAGUCUGCAAGAGAGAAUGUGUUCCAGUCAGCAAUGUCAAUUGCAGAGGGAACAGUAAUGGACCAUUUCAGUGAGGAAACUAGAUUCCUUGCACCAAAUCUCCAUCUGAUAAAGAGAGUGGCAAAUAGAUUCAGAAGCAAGUUCCGUCCUGAGGAACCAGUGGAUCUAAAUUUCCAGAUGGACCUUGACUUCCUCCAAUGCGAAGACUUCCUUGUCGCCGACAUCAAUGCAGAUGGACAGAGGCAUAUAAUAUUCAGUUCCCCUUUCCAGCUAUCCCUGCUGAAGGACGCUAGGCGCUGGUAUAUGGACGGGACUUUUAAGGUUGUACCCAAAGUUUUCCGUAAAACUGGCCAGCUGAUGUCAAUUCACGCCUUUGUGCAACAGGGCGGUAAAAAGAAACAGUUUCCUUUGGUAUUUGCCCUGAUGUCAAGGAGAAAAAAGGAAGACUAUAUGAUGGUUUUGCAGGCCAUAUUAGAACGGCUAGAUGAACCAGUUGUUGAGGAAAUUAUGCUGGACUUUGAAAAAGCGGCUUGGCAGUCCAUUCGAGAAGUAUUGCCCGGUAUUUCAAUCCGUGGAUGUGUCGUCCAUUGGACACAGGCAUUAUGGAGACAUGUGCAGGACCUUGGACUAGCUGCCACCUAUCGCGAGAAAAAGGCAACUCACUGGUUUAUCAAACAGUUAAUGGCCCUUCCAUUUCUGCCUUCAAAUGACAUCAACCCCACAUUCCGGGCAAUGCAAGAAAAGGUUCAACCAUCUUCUUCUCUAAAGUCCCUCACAGACUACAUGGAGAGACAGUGGAUUAGCAACGAAGUAUUCCCUAUUCCAGCCUGGUCCAUCUACAAGCAGGAGAUUCGUACCAACAACGAUACCGAAGGAUGGCACAAUCGUCUCAAUGGCAAAGCUGGGCACGGAAACAUUGGGUUCUACCGCUUGAUUCCUAUGCUGCAGAAGGAGGCUGAAAUUGUGCACGUCCAGGUUUCCGCGCAGGACCUGUCUCGUGAUGCCAGAAUAACCAGCACAAGGGUGGAGAAGAAAAUUCGACAAGCUUGGGCGGAUUAUGACGAUGACAUCAUCACUACAAGCCAUUUCCUGCGAAUUUGUGGAGGUGUCUAUGGCCACACUGAGUAA